AUGUCUUUAGUUGCAUACGAGAAUAGCGAUUCUAGUGAAUAUGAAGACGACGAUCAAGAAACCUCAUCUGUCACAUUGGAUAAGUCACAGAAUGUUGUCGUGUCAACAAAACCAUCUUUACAAAACACAGAACAAAAUGGAAUUGGAACAGAAUCAGAUGCUACUUUGUUUAAUGCUUUGCCACAGCCAAUAAAUAAAGUGUCAGGUGUUAUUGAAGAAGAAGAUGAGUUUUUACAUAAAAAAGAGGCCAUAAGCAAUAUUCCGAAGCCCAAAUCAAAGAUAACAGUGCCUUCUCUCAGUGAUUUUAAGGAUGUAGAAGGUACUAUACCAAGUAUGAAACCCAGAACUGUAAAUGGUAAAAAGUCUGGUCUACUCAGCAUAUUGCCACAACCUAAAAAUGCUAGUAUAUCUGUUACAACACAAUCUUUAAUACCCCAUGUUCUAACACAAAAAUCAAGUAGCAGCAGUAGUGUUGUUAAGAAAAAAGAACAUUCACCUUCUAUAAAGAAAGCCACUGUUGAAACAAAUAAAUUGCUGAAGGACUAUUCAGAUGACAGUGACAAUGAUGAUGAAGUACAAAAUGAUUUCUUUUCAAUUAACAAACCCAAUGAAAUAGUAGAAGAGUUACCAAUAGAUGUCGAACAAAAUAUUUCAGAAGAGUUGAACAUAUCAAGUAAAAAAGAACCAAGAAGUAUUGAAUCAUAUUUCAAAAAGGAUAUGGAUAACUUUAUUACACAGAAACCAGACCAAUCAGAGCAACAUGAGAUUGAUAUGGUGUCUUUACCUUCUAGCUCAAUAACUGUUCCUGAUACAGCAUCCGAUAAUGAUGGGAUCCUGGAUGAUGAAGCAAUCUUAAAACUAGUUGGUGCCCGUGGAAAACGUAAGAGGGAAGAAAUUCAGAUUGUUGAUGUCAAUCAGCAAGAAGUUCUUGCAGAUGCAAGGGAAUGGUUGUUGAAAGGCCUCAUGGAUGACACAAGUAAAAGGGUUUCAGCUAGUAAAAAGAAAGGCAAUGAACCAUCUAAUAUGCAAAAGAGAAAACACCAGAUCACAUAUUUGGCUCAUCAAGCUAAAGUAAAUGAAAUUGAGUUACAAAACACAUGGGCUAAUAACAGAAUGACUAAGCGAAAAACACAGUCAAAAUAUGGAUUUUAA